CGAAUCGAUGCUGAUCCGCUAUUGAAGAAAGCAGCAGCACACGUAGCAGAUUGCGACUCGAAAACGUUUCUUGCAGAGCCUGUAUUGUUACCAGGGGAUAAGCCUCAUACCACGGCUCCACACAAACAAGGCGAGAAUGGUGCCACUUCGAGAAUUGCGACGCCUGCUUCUCGAUUGCCUGAUCCUUUGGCCCAUUUAAGUUUACGAGUGUGCAUUAUAGACAUUUUAGCUGCUUCGGUAGCUUGGGCAUUUCUAUUGAAAAACGGAAAUGGAAAACUGAUGCUGGCUUCUCAUUCUUGGUGCCUCUUUCUAAUAAAAGCAGCAAACUUGUGGGUUAUUGAGAAACACCGACUCGAAAACCCCAAGGCACGUGUGGAGGAUUCAGUUCCAGUAGUUAUUGAUGUUGUUGAGCAGGCGAAACUUGCAGAAGCAAAGGCUAGAGGAGAAGAGUUUCUUGCUCAAUUGCGAUCCUCUGGGCCUAUUGAUAUGUGUGUUGACGAUCCAGCACCCGAGCUAGCCAAUGUCGUUCCUCCUCCUGGCGUGGAAGACAUCGAACGGGAAAGCGUCGAUGGAGAUGAGAAGCAAGAAGACAAUAACGCGGAUGGGCUUGAAGCAGAACCUGACGACGCAUUCUUUAAGCGUGUACGCGACUGGGAAGUUGUAAAAGUUGCGUCGAUGCGAAAUCGGGAACGACCCAGACAGGC